AUGGAAGAACUAAAAGACAAAAGUUUACAUUUAACCGCUGAAAAACUAGCUGAAGAACUUCAAAAAAUGGAUAUCUAUAAUGAAUUUUAUGAAGACCUACAGAUGCUAGCUGCUUCCCAAGACGUAUCCAUAGACGAUUUUAAAAAGACCUUGGUGCAAGCAGUGAACAUGGGGAGCAUGGAAACUAAUCUGAGAAACGCGGUAUUCCAUUGGUUGAGGAGUCACGGAAAUAAUAAACAAAUUGUGGUUAGGGACGAGAUGACGAGUAGAGAGUCGUUAGAUUAUUUAAGAAAAGCUCAAAUCACGUGGGAAAGAAGGAUACAGAAAUCAUUGGAAUCAAUGUGCGAAGAAAUAGGUAUAAAUCUAUCUUGUCUUAGGCCCAGUGCUGAUCGAGACGAAAUGUUACAGAGAUGGAAUGAACUCAGUACAUACCAUACUAGUUUAGAAAGACUGAGACCGGUGUAUGCGCCAAAAGAUUUUUUAGAAGUGUUGUUUUCAUUGCAUAAUCCAAAUUACCGAAUGAUAUCUGAUGAUAUGGUAUGGGAUUUUUCGUACUUGCCGCUGAAAGUUAAGACCCUACCAGAACUCAAACACCAUUACAGGGAUUUGGCCACUGCAGAUUUGCUGUUGGGCUUAACGUGCAGUCAAUGUCUGGCGACGUUGUCGUGCGGGUCGACGUCACAGGGAGAACAAGAACGAAUCGCUCUGGGACAAAAAGUUUUACAACAUCAGCAUGCACCCGUGUGUCAAGAGUUUUUAAAGUUGGGCGCACCACGCAGUCUCCGCGGUAGGCUCUGGGCACAGAUUCUAGGGUCCAAUUCAAAAACGUCGGAACAACAUUAUUCGGAAUUGAAACAACGCGUAUUGUACUACGAUAUGCUGAUCGACAAAUUGAUCACAAAAGACGUUCAACUAACAGCGUGCAACGACGACCAAUACUUCGUGUUCGAAGACGUCUUACAUCAGAUAAUGCUGUGUUUUACUCGCGACACUGAUGUAUUGUCAGUGUUCAACAACUCGACUAGCCAUCCAAUCCUUACGUCGUUGAAGGGUAAACCACCUAUGGAGGCAAUAUAUCCUCCAAACGGCAUUAUACCUUUUCACGGAUUUACAAUGUAUGCUGCUCCCAUUUGCUAUUUGUUCAACGACCCCGUACCAUUGUACUACACGUUCAGAGCGUUCUAUCUGCGUUACUGGUUCAGAUUGCAUGUAAUAAGCUCACACCCGCAAAGCAUACUUGGGCUAUGCAUUUUGUUCCAACGGCUUUUACAGAGACACGAGACAAAGAUUUGGUCGCAUUUUAUGAGCCACAAUAUUCAUCCUAUCAGAGUGGUAUUCAAAUGGCUUAUGAAAGGAUUCAGUGGACAUUUACUUCCAGAACAGUUACUUAAUCUGUGGGACAUGGUCAUAGCUUAUGAUUCUCUGGAAGUAUUGCCACUUUUGGCAGUUGCGAUUUUAAGUUUCAGAAAAGACAAUCUGCUUCAAGUAAACACGUUACAAAAUGUAGAUUCUGUUCUAGUAGAUUUAUCAUCGAUAAACAUUAUGUCUUUGCUACAGUUAGCGCUAAAAGGACCCAUUAAAAUGUAA